GUCAGCCAAUCAGAGGGCGAGGGGGGCAGCUGUGGGGACCCUGACAAGCAAUAUCCUGGGGGGGCUCAGUGCAGGGGGAAGAAUGGGCGAGGUGGAGGUCUCCACCCAGGCCUAUGCUAAGAUGUGCCUCCACGCCGCCCGGCACCCCCACGCCGCUGUCAAUGGGCUGCUCCUGGGGCGCCGGGGGGGCCCCCCCCAGUGUCUGUUCCUCACCGACUGCGUCCCCCUUUUCCACAGCAACUUGGCUCUCAGCGUCAUGCUGGAGGUGGCUCUGAACCAGGUUGAUCUGUGGGCAUCUCGCUCUAACCUGCUGGUGGCUGGGUACUACCAGGCCAAUGCCGGGCUGGACGACAUGAGCCCCACCCCCCUGGCUCUGAAGAUGGCUGGACGCCUGGCUGAGCUCUCUGAGGGUGCUGUAUUGAUCAUGCUGGAUAACCGGAAACUGACCCAGAACCCCCGCGUGCCCCCCGUUGUUGUGCUGGAGCAGCGGGAUCGGCACUGGCUCCCCAAGGACAAGAACCUAGUCAUGUGGCACGACUGGGAAUCCUCCCGCCACAUUUGUAAGUCCCUGCUGGAGGCUAAAGCUCACACCCAAUUGGUCGACUUCGACGCCCACCUUGAUGACAUCAGACGGGACUGGACCAAUCAGCACCUCAACACAGAGAUCGCCCGGCUGGUGUCUGUCGCCAAUGGCAGUGCCUGAGGGACCCUAUUGGCUGGCCUGGGGAAACCAGGGCUGUAUUCUGAUUGGACUGCUUGGAACAAUGGCAUGCCCCCAUUGGCUGGCCCAAGUGAAGACUCAGCUGACUUUCACUGAUUGCUUUAUAUUUAUUCCACCCAUUCCCCUCCCCCAAUGAGCCCAGACUCCUCCCAUCAGCCCCCAAAUGCUACAUUUAGGUCCCUUUGUUGGCUACGUUUUUGCAGAUUUCACAAAGUUUUUUAUUUUGGCCUUUAAUUUCCUUUUGGAUUAUUUUUAUUUUUCCUUUUCGGCACCUGAUUGUUCUGUCGUUUUCCCAGCAUCCUCCUUCCCCUAAGCGAUGAGUGUCGGACGGCAAAAAACUGAAGGCCAUUCAAUGCCCCAAACCUCCUGACAUGCAAAAUAUGACCGUAAAAACCCCAAGGAAAUGUCACCACCGACCUCAGACCCUACAGAAUUUGGGGCCAUUUGCUUUCAAUUCAUUAAUUUUAUUUUAUUGCAACUCCUUAAACCGCUAAGGAACAUAAGGCAAAACUAGUUGCGAAAAGGACAAAAUAAAGAAUUAAAAUGCCAAAAACCUGAACUUGUGGGGGCAAAAUCUUCCCUGUAAGGCGGUGGGUUGGAUUUCUAGUCCCGGGAUUUGUUUUGACAUUCAUGGUUUCCAUUUCAUGACGCUCGUCGUACUGAAUCAUGCUCGUUUACGGCUUUUCUUCACUGGGGCCAGGCUGAAUUUUUGCCAUUUCACGCAGACUUGGGGGCAGAGACUGUGUCGCCAGCAGAUCUCGUCCUUUCAUUUUUUUGCUGCUCAAUUUCCUUUUUUUUUUUUUUUUUUUUAAGUUUUUUUUGCAUCUUGAAAAUGAUUUCCCAGGUCUGUUUUGGGCCGUUCAGUUUCCUUUUCUGGCAAACAAAGUUUCAUUUCCUUAAUUUCCCAACAACCUCGAACAUUUUCCAUUUUGCAAAUUUUUGGCAUUUUGUUGCCUUUUUUUUUU